AUGGGAAAUAACCCAUUUGAAAACCGAAAACAACCACAGCAGCAGCAGCAGCCAAAAAAAAUUCAACAGAGACACCACCUACCGACUACACUUUCAAAAAAUGUUGCACCAGGUUAUAAUCGAGGAAGAAACCUUGGCGGUUAUGCCUAUUUAUACGGAAAAGAAAAUAUGGGUAAAGAAGCCGACGAUGCUGAGGUACUAUUCUCGGGUCUUGCGACUGGUCCACCCUCUAAAGAUCAUUGGAAGCCUGACUCAGCAGCAAUAAAAUGUUCGAUGGCAUGUUGUCCCCGAGAAUUCGGUUUAUUCGAAAGAAGACACCAUUGUCGCAAAUGCGGCGAUAUUUUUUGCGGUACCCAUUGUUCGCAUUAUAUACGCCUGGACCAAAAUUCAAAUUUUAACUUGGCUGGGUCUGCCUCGAGAGUUUGUGAUAGGUGUUACGAAGAAUACGUUCGACUAUUGAAUAAAUGUAAAAAAGCUGACCGAAAUUUUGAAGAACUCGAAAUUUAUGGACAUAAUUCGCGACAUAGAGAUAGUGGAUAUUACGCCUCGAGUGGUAGCGAAAGUGGUGGUAGUUACGAAAACACUGAUCGUUAUCGAAGUAUUCGGAAAGAUGAAUCAGAUAUUAAUAAAACAAAAUCCCGACGACCACUUGCUACUCAAUGCAACGAGCAGGUUCCUGCGAUCCCUCCAGAUUGGACAUGGUCAACUUUCUAA